AUGUCGUUGGCCCCUGGUGUUCGCGACAAGUAUAUUGGUAUUAUAGACGACAUUCUAUCCAAAAGCGACCUCACUACCAUCUCAGAGAAGCGGAUUCGCAAAGGCCUCCAGGAUGCCGUCGGCUAUGACCUCACUCCACAGAAGCCUCUCCUCAAGCAGCUGAUUAUGGAACGAUUCGAUCGUUACGCCGCAGAGAAGGGUGUGGGCGAGUCGCCCGAGGACACUGGCUCGAACAACGGUCAGCAAGACGGCGAUUCAGCUGCAGCGCCGUCUCCACCUCACUCGUCAUCUCCCGUGAAGCGCCAGGCUUCAAGCGACCCCAGUCCCGAGCCCCGAACCGCGUUGCCGCCUGCCAAGAAACCGAAGGUCGAGACAGAUACCGACGCGGAUGCGGCGUUCGCAGCCAAGCUGCAAGCCGAGGAAAAUUCGCGCGCGCGACCCACUCGAGGGGGUGGUGUUUCGCGACGUGGAACUGUCAUUAAGAAGAGCAAGCCCAAGACUUCGAAGAGGGUCAAGGCAGAAGACGAUUCAGAUAUCGGAUCAGGCGAAGAGACAAAGAGAGUGGUCAACCGAAAUACUGGAUUCCACAAACCUUACAAUCUCUCUGAACCUUUGGCCGCGCUCCUGGGUGAAACCACGCUUUCGCGACCCCAAGCCGUCAAAAGGGUGUGGGCGUACAUUCGCGAGCAUGAGCUUCAGGAUCCUAGUGACCGCCGACAAAUCCGAUGCGACGAUGCCAUGCGCGCCGUCUUCAAGCAGGACCGAGUCCAGAUGUUUACUAUGACGAAGAUCCUCAACCAGAAUCUGUACAACGUCGAUGAAUAG